AUGGGAGCAUGUUGUAAUACUCAAUAAACAAUUCAAAGUCUAAUGCCUAGUUUUGAAUUCUCAUUCUUGUCUGUUUAUACAAAAAAUGCAGUAAUAAUCUAGAGAGCGUACAGAUGUAUUCAAUUUCUUAUAAAAAUAGAGUAUUAAAAAAGGAAGCGAAGAUCGAUAAUACCUAUCUCAAUGACGAACGAUAGUCAAAGAAGCCAUUAAGAACAUGUUGAAAAUACAAUAAUCCCUGCAUAACCUCCUUAGGAAAGUGCUAAAAUAGAGUAAAUCGAGGAAGUGGCUGUCACAGUGGAUCAUUCUCCUGCGAAUGGAUAGAAAUUAGAUAGAAAAUAAAGUGACUAUCCUGCUAGUAUACAUUAAAUCAUUUUUCGGAUUGGGAAUUUUAAUUAUAAGGAGUUUUUAAAACAAGAGAGUUAGUAUUAUGAUGAAGAUGAUUUAAAUGUCCCCUUCUUGGACCCAUAUCAAUUACCAGAUGAGACCAUUUAUAUAGGGUAAUGGAAAUUAGGUAAGAGACAUGGUAAAGGGAGGGCGAUAUUUAAGGAUAAAAGUGUGUAUGAAGGAUUUUGGAAGGAUGAUCAAAUGAAUGGUUAAGGAAGGCUGAUAUUUGAAAAUGGAGACUAUUAUUAGGGAGAAUUCAAGGGGAACAAGGCGAAUGGGUAUGGAAAAUAAAUUACUUCCAAAGGAUACUAAUAUGAGGGCAAUUGGAUUAAUGAUAAGUAAUAGGGGGAGGGCAUUGAGAGAUUCCCUGAUGGCACAAACUUUAAGGGAAGAUUCAUAGACGGGAUGAAGACAGGAUUUGGUGAAUUCAAUUUCUCAGAUGGAUCCAAGUAUAAAGGAUCAAUUGUUAAUAAUAAAUUUAAUGGGAAAGGAACGUUUUAUUUUUCUGAUGGCCGUAAGUAUGAUGGACAAUGGAAAGAAAACUUGAUGGAUGGCUAUGGUACAUUCACUUGGCCUGAUGGUAGAUCUUACGAUGGAUAUUAUGUCAAAGAUAAAAAGCAUGGUUUUGGUGAUUUCACAUAUACAGAUGGGUCAAUGUACAAAGGCAAUUGGGUGGAUGGCAAAGAACAUGGAUAAGGGACAUUUUACUCUAAGAGUGGUUUAUUUAGAGAAGGUGAAUGGGAAAAUGGAAAAAGAAUUAAAUGGACGUCACCUUACUAAACUUAAUGA